AUGGGACGAAAGAAGAGCCGUAAGGCUCAGGCUCAGGACGACGAAUCUGAUGAAGGCCCAGCUCCAUCAGAGAUGUCACCAAACACCCGGAAAGAGUAUGACAAGAUGCAAAUUAUGACAGCAGAUCUUAGUCUUGCGACCGCCGACCACAUCAAAACAAGCGAUUAUCGUCGUCCUACGAAAGCGAAUGUCGAGCUCCUCCGUCUCUGUGAUGACGAAGGUAGCGCGGAGGCAAAGAUUGCUGCAAAGAACAAGAAGCAAACAUCCCAAUGGCUCAACUGGGGCACUAGUGACGAAGCACGAAAGACCGCACAUGGUGAGCGUGUCAUUGGAACAGGCAAUACUCAUCGAGCCGGUCUCGCCCACUCCCUUGCAGAAACCGAGCGGCGAGCUGGUCGUCCAUUAACGCUCAACGAUACCUAUGACGACCGAGGCAGCACCAAACGUUUCAAGCAUGGUGCAAGUACCAACGCUGCUAAGAGUACUAUCUCGGGUCAACAAGAUCAGCUUCCUAGCCCUGCGCGCAAGACUACCGAAGCGUCGGGCUCGAAGAAGAGAGAUCGUACCCGCCCCUUCCAAAAUAGACCAUGGCCGCCGCCGGCUCUAGAAGGGUCACCUUUUCUGUCAGGAUCAGGCCAAUCGAUGUCCUUUGGAGUGAUUCCGACACCACAGCAUCCACGCACAAACGUUGGAAACGCAUCUCAGAUUGGUGCAGCAAACGCUCACACCCGGCGACCCCAAUCGGCUACGAUCCCAUCCUCACGUCUGUCAGCUAGACCUCGAAGCGCAGUUCCUUUAGCCGAUGCGUCGACUUUCAUGUCACUCGCCACAAACAUAAUAGCCUCGCGCUCCCAAUCAAAGUCUGAGAAAUCCUCUGCUGGAGCUGUUUCCUCUGGUAGUGCUGCUCCUAUCAUGGAAACCCAGGCCAAAACUGAGCAAGAAGACAAAGAAUCCGUUGCCGAUUUUGGUCACGACGAACCUGGCAUCCGGAAAGUUCCUAUUGCAGAAUUCUCAUUCUCCGCCAGUGCCGCACUUGCAGGUACACAGCUAUCCACUCAUACGGACGGUGCACCUAGCUCUACAGUACUUUCUUCUAUCUCCCCGUCGGUCGGAAGCGAGCAACCGGUCAAAGAUACCAAUAUCUUUGAAGCUUCCAAAGCUCUUGUUGGUCUAGGUAUUUCAGGCGCAAGUCUCGGAAACAUAACAUCGACAAAACCUAAUGUGCCUCCAAGUCCACUCCCAACAGGCGUGUCCUCGGAGAAUAGGAGCCUUCUGGACUCGCCUAUUCCUGAAGACAUGGGUAGUGCUGUACUUGUCGCCAGUAAGCGCAGAGAGAAGGGUGUCGUUGUCAUUGAUGGAGUACGGUAUAUUCCCGAGUCCAGGCUUCUCGCCCUCGAAGAGAGUAUCAAAAAAGGCGAAACCUCUCUUCACGACUACCCACGAGAGCCUCAGGCUCAUGACGAAGCUGCCUUGAUCAAGUCUAAGUUGCAGACUCCGACAUUGAUGGUCCCCUCCUACGAGCCUGCUAGCACUGUUACAAAGGUUUCCACCAAAGCCGUCAACCCCUUCCAGCCACGAGAUCCUGCUCCAGAAGGGACCUCAGAUCAAGUGGUUGCACAAGCGGCUGUUUCCCGACCGCUUCAAGUUCCACAAGGUCCGCCACGAACCCUGGACGAAGCACUGGUCGCCGCUGUGAAUUCUCCAUUGAAUGCCAUGGGCAUACAAGCGCCUGCUAAACCAUCCGCCAAGGCCAAGGCCAAAGCUACAAAGCAUGCGAUUGUCUCGAAAUGGGCAGCACCUCCCGGAGAGGAUUAUGAGCCGCAUCCCAUGGCCAAGGAUAUCUCUCAAAUGGAUCCUGUUGCGUCGGAAACCAGUGACAUAAGCAGCCAGGUCAAGCAGCCGGUGCUACAGUCCAAGUCCACAAAUGGAGGUCGAUCGGGAAAGAAGGUGAAGAACCCCUUUGAAGCCAAGCUGACUGGCCUUGAGUCUGGACCAGGAUCUCCUGUCGGGGAAGAAGUGGCCACUGAUGCUCUGCGAGACCAACAAAACCCUGUCAAACCGUUCCAGUUUGCGGCGGCAGCAUCGCGGCCUCCUUCAAAACGUCAGUACGCCACCCCAGGACCUGGUUACGCUCUUCUUCUGGCUGCUCUAGAACAGAAAACUUCAUCACACCCCAACUCCGUUGCAGAAGACGGGAGUGAGGAAGAGGAACUCUGA